AUGGUAAAGUUUUCUCCAUUAGUUGCAGCUUUACUGUGCAUUGCUUUUGCAUAUGGUGUCAAUGGGUAUAUCAAAUACAACACUGGGAGUGGCAUUGUAGAUGCGAAAUUGAACGUUCAUUUGGUUCCCCAUUCGCAUGAUGACGUGGGCUGGCUCAAGACAGUUGAUCAGUACUAUGUUGGAUCAAAUAACAGUAUUCAGGGUGCAUGUGUGGAAAAUAUUUUGGACUCUGUUGUUAUGUCAUUGCACCGCGACCCUAAUAGGAAGUUUGCUUUUGCUGAAAUGGCAUUUUUCGAUAGAUGGUGGAAGAGUCAAAAUCCAGAAAUUCAAGAAGAAGUACGGAAACUUGUUGAUGCCGGCCAGUUGGAAUUCGUAAAUGGUGGCUGGUGUAUGCAUGAUGAAGCUGCUACUCAUUAUAUAGACAUGAUUGACCAAACAACUCUAGGCCAUCAACUGAUAAAGAAUCAAUUUAAUAAGACUCCUCGUGCCGGAUGGCAGAUCGACCCAUUUGGGCACUCUGCAGUGCAAGCUUACCUACUCGGGGUUGAGAUGGGAUUUGAUUCCGUUCAUUUUGCACGGAUUGAUUAUCAAGACAGAGAAAAACGUCAGAAAGAUAAAUCCCUCGAAGUUAUAUGGCAGGCUUCCAGGACAUUUGGCUCUUCUUCUCAGAUAUUUGCCAAUGCAUUUCCUGUUCAUUACAGCCCACCAAAUGGGUUCUCUUUUGAAGUAAAUAAUGAUUUCAAUUCAGUCCAGGAUGAUCCCCUCCAUUUUGACUUUAAUGUGGACAUGAGAGUUAAUGAUUUUAUUAGUAGUGCUGUGAUUCAAGCAAAUAUGACGCAAACUAAUCAUAUUAUGUGGACAAUGGGCGAUGACUUCCAAUAUCAAUAUGCCGAGUCUUGGUUCAAGCAAAUGGACAAACUAAUUCAUUAUGUGAACAAGGAUGGCCGGGUGAAUGCAUUAUAUUCUACCCCAUCUUUCUAUGUGGAUGCAAAACGUGCUGCCAAUGAAUCUUGGCCUUUGAAAACUGAUGAUUAUUUCCCAUAUGCAAUCAGUGCUAAUACAUACUUCACUGGUUUUUUUACAAGUCGCCCCACCUUGAAGCGAUAUGUACGUAUGCUGAGUGGAUAUUAUCUGGCGGCUCGACAAAUUGAAUUUCUGAUUGGAAGGAGAUCAGCUGGUCCUAAUACUUAUAGUUUAAGCGAUGCUUUAGGAAUUGCACAGCACCACGAUGCUGUCACUGGUACAUCUAGACUUCAUACUACAAGUGACUAUGCAAAACGCUUGGCAAUUGGAGCGUCAGAGGCGGAAAUCGCAGUGAAUUCAGCUUUGUCGUGUCUGAUUGAUUCAAAAUUAAAUGGCCAGUGUGCUACACCCACAAUGACCUUUAGCCAGUGUCAACUACUCAAUAUAAGUUUCUGUCCACCUACGGAGGCUGAUAUUCCCAAGGGGAAGAGUUUGGUGGUUGUGGUAUACAAUCCACUUGGAUGGGAACGUAUUGACUUUGUCAGGAUCCCGGUUAAUGAUCAUUAUCUUGUUGUUAAAGAUUCCAUGGGCAAAAUUAUUGAGUCGCAAUAUGUAGAGUUGGACAAUGUCACAAGCAACAUGAGAAGAUUCUAUGUCGAAGCAUAUAUUGGAAUUUCACCAGAAGAAGCUCCAAAAUACUGGCUUUUCUUUCAAGUAUCUGUGCCACCUCUGGGUUGGAAUACUUACUUCAUUUCUAAAGCAUCUCAGAAAGGAAAUAGUAGAAGUGUGUAUGUGUCUAUGGUGGAUACUCCGAAGGAAGAAACUAUUGAAAUUGGACUGGGAAACUUGAAGUUGUCCUUUUCUUCAGCAUCCGGGGAACUUGAACGAAUGUUCAAUUCUAAAUCUGGGAUCGAUAUGCCAAUACAACAAAGCUAUCUUUGGUAUGCUUCAAGUGAAGAAUCUGAGUCCUCUGAUGCAUACCAUUUUCGGCCUAAUGGAUCUACUCCUCAAGCUGUCUCAAGAUCUGUUCCCUUGAAGGUCGCUCGGGGUCCACUGGUUCAUGAAGUUCACCAGCAAUUUGAUUCAUGGAUCUACCAGAUAACUAGAAUUUACAAAGACAAAGAGCAUGCUGAAGUUGAGUUCACUAUUGGUCCAAUUCCUGCGGAGAAUACUGUUGGGAAAGAAAUUAUUACAAGCAUGACAACCAGCAUGUCCACGGAGAAAGCGUUCUAUACAGAUUCCAAUGCAAGGGACUUUCUCAAACGGGUUCGAGAUUAUAGGUCCGACUGGAACCUCACCGUUACUCAACCUGUAGCAGGAAACUACUAUCCAAUCAAUCUUGGAAUUUUCAUAGCGGACAAUAAAUCUGAAUUAUCUGUUUUAGUUGAUCGGGCAACAGGGGGAUCCAGCAUUAAUGAUGGGGAAAUUGAAUUGAUGCUUCAUAGGCGCAUAAUAAAAGAUGAUCUGGGAGGCUUAGUUGAACCCCUUGAUGAGAUAGUAUGUGUGAAUAGUACAUGUGAAGGAUUAAUGGUCCGUGGAAAUUAUUAUAUGAGCAUCAAUGAGCGUGGUACUGGAUCCCGUUGGCGCCGGACAACUGGUCAAGAAAUUUAUUCACCCCUCCUUUUAGCCUUUUCGCAUGAGAGUGCUGAAAACUGGAUAUCUUCACAUUUGACAAAGGCGACAGCAAUGGAUCCAAAUUAUAGUUUACCUCUUAAUGUUGCAUUAAUUACAUUACAGGAGUUGGUUGAAGGAAGUGUGCUCCUCCGUUUAGCACAUCUAUAUGAGGCUGGUGAAGAUGCGAAGUAUUCAUUGCUUGCAAAAGUUGAACUGAAGAAGAUGUUCGCUAGAAAAACGAUAAAGGCGCUCAAGGAAACAAGCUUAUCGGCAAACCAAGAUAAGUCUGAAAUGAAGAGGAUGACUUGGAAAGUUGAAGGUCAAAAUGGCAACGACCCGGAUCCAAUUAGAGGUGGUCCUGUGGACAUGUUGACUCUCAUUGUCGAGCUCGGUCCAAUGGAGAUCCGGACUUUCCUCUUGAGAUUUUAA